AUGGCCGGCAACGCACCCAAUGUCUGGACGCAGAUGAACUAUGUCCCUCCCCGCGGCCAAUGCAAUCACAAGCCAUCUCUCCUCGCCGCGAAAUGCCCGUGUUUGCGCUUCAUGUUGCAUCCGCUGAAGUCGUCAUCCUCAUACGAAUGCGACGGAUGUGGCCACCACGCCUCCUUCCACACCAUGGAGAACAAGACCGAAGACGAGAUAAGGAAGCGCUGGGAGGUCGAGGCGAAGGAGCGCAACGAGCAAGAAGCGCAGCAGCCGCGGCCGAAGAAACGGGUACGGGCGAUUGAGUACAACAAUGAGGAAGGGGUGGAGGACAUCUUCAACGAGCUCUUGCUGCAAGAAGCUAGGACCAAGAAGGCUGCGCCCAAGAAGAAGACGGGGAAGGCUGCGGGGACUAGGGCAAAGGGAAAGAUUAGUGAGAUUCUCGAGGAUGAUGUGGUGGAGUUGGACUGA